CCACUGUCCAUACCAUCAUCCACACCACUGUCCACACUGAAUUAGAAGCUUCACAAGUUAAAUGCUGGUUUGAGAGGUAAAUGCUCCACCUUUAUUUCCUGCCUCCAAACCCUGAGACUGCAGCCUCCUUCUGCAAGGGAGGGGGUUUAUGUCAUAUAUUUGAUGUCCUGGGGGUUUAAAAAGUUCAUUGCAAUUUCCUAGUCUGUGCACGAGUGAUGCUUAAGGCAAAUAUGCACCUUUUCAUCUCAUACUGCUUGGGAUAAAUGGGCUACACUCUAUAAAGUUUGGUGAAUUUGAGCACUGCUGAUGCUCCAACACCUCUUAAAACUGGGGAUUCUGACACGAUUUUCUGUGUAUGAACAGUCGUGAAAUCCUGUACAUGUCACUGGCCUUCAUCUCUGGCAUCCUCCUGACUGUCCUGGUUUUUGCCAUCAUCUACCUCUCCAGGAAAAAUUGCAAGAAAUCCCACCAAAAUUUACAAGAGGAAGUUUGCUUCCAGGCAGCACCUGAGGAACGUGCCAGGAACACCCAGAACGAGGUUACCUACAGCACUCUGGUCUUCCAGCGGAGUCAGACACCACUGGCUGUGUGAUGAUGAAGUUCCAAGAGAAAUAAAAGUGUUUUUCCACUUUCUGAACAUCAAAAGCCACCAGAACGUUACACCAAGGCCUGCAGUGCCCUGAGGGUGCCAGCACUGCCAUCUGUAACAUCAGCUCUUUUUAUAGUUA